AUGUUACUUAUUCCAGGUAUUGUGUGCAAGCCUACAUUAGCAGCUGGUAAGUAAUAUGCUUUUUCCAAUAUUUACAACAGUAAUAAUGAAUGAUCUAAUACUCCAAUUAAUCCUUACAGAGUCACAUCAUAUUUCUAAUUACAUUUGUUUUAUUGUAUUCCACCGAAAUAUUUACACAUAAUAUUGUUAUUAAAAACAUCCCCAAUUAUACAGUAUCGAAUUGAACCUCAGAUUCUUCUGAUUUAAUCCUUGCAACCUGUAACGCACCCUCAGCAUAAAAGGGUUAAACCGCCGUUUAGUAGAUCUUCCCCUUCCAGAGACACAGGCACAGCUACUGUAGAACACCAAUCCGCCGAACAGGAAACCAUAUGAAUGCCGUAAACAGCCGAAUAGGAAAAACCAUACGAAUCCAGUCAAACUGGAACAGCAUACAAUAAAUCCCCCCCAAGAACGAGACACAGCUCCGUGUUGAGGGUCAAGCAGUGAACAGUCAGAGCUGUGCCUGUGAUACAAUUACCUUACACAAUGGAUAAUGUAAUUAUAACAAGCAGAGAAAUACAAUUUUUCCACAUUAUGCCUUCCAAGGCAGGUAUCAUCCCCUCUGCCUAUUCCUCUGCAGCUCUCCUUCCAGGCAGGUAUUAUCCCCUCUGCCUAUUCCUCUGCAGCCCUCCUUCCAGGCAGGUAUCGUCCACUCUGCCUAUUCCGCUGCAGCCCUUCUUCCAGGCAGGUAUCGUCCCCUCUGCCUAUUCCUCUGCAGGCCUCCUUCCAGGCAGGUAUCGUCCCCUCUGCCUAUUCCUCUGCAGCUCUUCUUCCAAGCAAGUAUUGGCCCCACUGCCUUUUCUGCUGUAGCCCUUCUUCCAGGCAGGUAUUGUUCCCUCUGUUUAUUCAGCUUCAGCUUUCCUUCCAGGCAGGUAUCGUCCACUCUGCCUAUUCCUCUGCAGCUUUCCCUCCAGGCAGGUAUUGUCCCCUCUGCCUAUUCCUCUGCAGCUUUCCUUCCAGGCAGGUAUCGUCCCCUCUGCCUAUUCCUCUGCAGCUUUCCUUCCAGGCAGGUAUCGUCCCCUCUGCCUAUUCCUCUGCAGCUUUCCUUCCAGGCAGGUAUCGUCCCCUCUGCCUAUUCCUCUGCAGCUUUCCUUCCAGGCAGGUAUCGUCCUCUGCAGCUCCUGGCAGGUAUCGUCCCCUCUGCCUAUUACUCUGCAGCCCUUCUUCCAGGCAGGUAUCGUCCCCUCUGCCUAUUCCUCCGCAGUUUCCUUCCAGCCAGGUAUCGCCCCCUCUGCCUAUUCCUCUGCAGCUCUUCUUCCAAGCAAGUAUUGGCCCCACUGCUUUUUCUGCUGUAGCCCUUCUUCCAGGCAGGUAUCGUUCCCUCUGUUUAUUCAGCUGCAGUUUUCCUUCCAGGCAGGUAUAGUCCCCUCUGCCUAUUUCUCUGCAGCCCUCCUUCCAAGCAGGUAUUGCACCCUCUGUCUAUUCCGCUACCGUCCUUCUAGUCAGGUAGUAUCGUCCCCUGUGCCUAUUCCUAUAAUAACAUAACAUAUUUAGAAAGGGGUGGGAAAGACAAUAACUAACACAAAAUAUCACACAAAACACUUAAUAUUUUACACACACCCUUCACUUAUAAUGGGCUCAGGGUGACCAAUACAUAAGAAUAGUCAAGGAACCUACAUUAAUAAUCUGUCUGAAGCUCCUGGUCAUAAUAUCGAUAUGUGCAGUAGUUCACAGCACAUACAGACUCCAGACACUAUGACCACUUCAAAUCAGCGUAGUGGACAUGGUGCUUGGAGUAACUCAUUAACAUAUGAUGAUUUAAAGUGUUAAACCAUUUAUAUUAAUUAAAAUCUUAAGAAAAGGCCCAGUGAGCUCCAAAACACUGAAUGCUGGCUUGGAUGGCUGGGUGUUUAGUCAGUGUAUCCAGAUUAGUUUAGAUGGAAUGUGAGAGAUUUAGAGUAGAAUCCUUUCUGACAGAUGGACUGGGUGGUUAUUGUUGCAGUAACCUACUUGUCAAAACCUCUCCGCCCCGAGGAAAUGAAUUAAGUGAAUUAACUCUCUAGCUUUCUGAGAGAUGCUCCAUUCCCUGGGACUGAAUACACCAUGCUGCUUGCGUUGUCAGUGUAAUGGGUUAAUUGCUGAACACCAGGCUAUUCAUAUAGCAGUUAUUUUAACUCUUUUAUCUGAGGGGGUCUUGUAAAAAUAGGCCAGAGUUAACCUCGUAAGAACUCACUAGCUCAGUCACUAAUAUAUAAUAUAUGGAACAGAAAUGAAAUGGUUUCCUUUAUCUAUGGACUAAAGCAUUAACACAAAUGGCUGUAUUCACCAGGCAACAAAUUGGAGUGAGCUAAAAAGAGAAAUGCAAAAUAUAGAUAAAAAAAAAAAGUAAAAUACAGUAAAAAGCAAAAAUAUAUAUAGAGAUAUAGUCAAACAUCUGAAAAGGAAAACUGGAAUACAGUCACAACAUGUCUAACUCAGCCUAAUCCAGCAAUUUUGGCAUUACAGUCUCUACAAUUCACUGACUUAACAUCAAAGGCUGUUUGUAUUUAUAUGUGAAAAAAACAGUCAGCAAUUCUCAGUGGUAUUUUUUUUCCAGUUGUGAUUAGAAAAUGUUUCCCAGGAUGCAACUGGCCUCUUCCUGUCUGGAUGCUAUUUUUCUAACAGAAGCACACACACACACACACAUACAACCUCACACAGACCCAACACACACGUUCACACACACACUAACACACUCAAACAACCUCACACGCUCACACACACCCAACACACACACACAUAGUCCAAACAUACACGUUCACACACUCACACACACACGACCUCACACACACCCAACACACACACACCCAACACACACACUUACACACACAGACAAACCCAACACACACCCAACACACACACACAACACUCACACCUAAAAACCCACACUCACACACACAACCUCACACGCUCACACACACACCCAAUACACACAGACAGACCCAAAACACACGUUCAAACACACACACACACACACACACACUAACACAACUUACACACAUGCACACAUACACAGACAGACCCAACACGCACCCAGCACACACACACACACUAAAAAAUAAAGAAGACAAGUGAUGUUCUUUUUAAUGAUGAUAUAUGUAGUUUGGUUUUACCUAAAACACUUUAUGUUGGAAAUGUAAUGUGUGGAUAUUUGUUAAUGGUUUCCUUUGUCCUGUUACUGUCCUCUCAGGUUCGGAUGACUUUCCCUUCUGGGCGAUCAUUCUGAUCUCCCUGGCGGCCAUUAUGACUUUACUGUUCCUGCUCUGUCUGAUCUGCACAGUAAGUAUCACAUUAAGGAUACAAUGUGUGCAUGUAGAAUAUAAUUCUUAUUAUAGAAAUGAAUGACUGAGGAAUGAUUGUAUGUGCACACAGAAGAUGGGACAGUUCACAAUGCUGUCUAUACAGAAAUGAAUUGUACAGUAGAUUGUGAUGUGUGUACAGGAGGAUUAGGAAAAGAGAGGGUGUUGUGUGCAGGGAUAAAAGGGCAAGAUAAUGUAUUGUGUGCAGGGAUAAAAGGGCAGGGGAAGAUACUGUGUGCAGGGAGAAAAGGACAGGGGAAAAUACUGUGUGCAGGAAGAAUAGGGCAGGGGAAGAUACUGUGUGCAGGAAGAAUAGGGCAGGAUAAUGUAUUGUGUGCAGGGUGAAUAGGGCAAGGGAAGAUACUGUGUGCAGGGAGAAUAAGGCAGGGGAAGAUACUGUGUGCAGGAAGAAUAGGGCAGGAUAAUGUAUUGUGUGUAGGGUGAAUAGGGCAAGGGAAGAUACUGUGUGCAGGGAGAAUAAGGCAGGGGAAGAUACUGUGUGCAGGGAGAAUAGGGCAGGGGAAGAUACUGUGUGCAGGAAGAAUAGGAAAGGGGACAAUACUGUGUGCAGGAAGAAUAGGGCAGGAUAAUGUAUUGUGUGCAGGGAGAAUAGGGCAGGGGAAGAUACUGUGUGCGGGAAGAAUAGGGCAGGGGAAGAUACUGUGUGCAGGGAGAAUAGGGCAGGAUAAUAUAUUGUGUGCAGGGAGAAUAAGGCAAGGGAAGAUACUGUGUGCAAGGAGAAUAAGGCAGGGGAAGAUACUGUGUGCAGGGAGAAUAGGGCAGGGGAAGAUACUGUGUGCAGCGAGAAUAGGGCAGGGGAAGAUACUGUGUGCAGGAAGAAUAGGAAAGGGGACGAUACUGUGUGCAGGAAGAAUAGGAAAGGGGACGAUACUGUGUGCAGGGAGAAUAGGACAUGGGAAAAUAUUGUGUGUGCAGGGAGAAUUGCCCAGGAGAAGAUAUUGUGUGUGCUAGGAGAAUUGCUCGGGAUACAAUAUUGUGUGUGCUGGGAGAAUUGCACAGGAGAAGAUAUUGUGUGUUCUGGGAGAAUUGCCCAGGAGAAGAUAUUGUGUGUGCUAGGAGAAUUGCUCGGGAAACAAUAUUGUGUGUGCUGGGAAAAUUGCCCAGGAGAAGAUAUUGUGUGUGCAGUGAGAAUUGCCCAGGAGAAGAUAUUGUAUGUGCUGGGAGAAUUGUCCAGGAGAAGAUAUUGUGUGUGCAGGGAGAAUUGCCCAGGAGAAGAUAUUGUGUGUGCAGUUAGAAUUGCCCAGGAGAAGAUAUUGUGUGUGCGGGGAGAAUUGCUCAGGAUACGAUAUUGUGCGUACUGGGAGAAUUGCACAAGAGAAGAUAUAGUGUGUGCUGAGAGAAUUGCUCAGGAAAAGAUAUAGUGUGUGCAGUGUGAAUUGCUCAAGAGAUGAUAUUGUGUGUACAGUGAGAAUUGCCCAGGAGAAGAUAUUGUGUGUGCUGGUAGAAUUUCCCAGGAGAAGAUAUUGUGUGUGCAGGGAGAAUUGCUCCUGAGAAGAUAUUGUGUGUCCAGGGAGAAUUGCUCAGAAGAAGAUAUAGUGUGUGCAGGGAGAAUUGCCCAGGAGAAGAUAUUGUGUGUACAGUGAGAAUUUCCCAGGAGAAGAUAUUGUGUGUGCUGGGAGAAUUGCCCAGGAGAAGAUAUUGUGUGUGCUGGUAGAAUUGCCCAGGAGAAGAUAUUGUGUGUCCAGGGAGAAUUGCUCAGCAGAAGAUAUAGUGUGUGCAGGGAGAAUAGCUCGGUAUACCAUAUUGUGCGUGCUGGGAGAAUUGCACAAGAGAAGAUAUAGUGUGUGCUGAGAGAAUUGCCCAGGAGAAGAUAUUGUGUGUUGAGAGAAUUGCCCAGGAGAAGAUAUUGUGUGUGCAUUUAUAAUUGCCCAGGAGAAGAUAUUCUGUGUGCAGUUAGAAUUGCCCAGGAGCAGAUAUUGUAUGUGCUGGGAGAAUUGCCCAGGAGAAGAUAUUGUGUGUGCAGGGAGAAUUGCUCAGGAGAAGAUAUAGUGUGUGCAGUUAGAAUUGCCCAGGAGAAGAUAUUGUGUGUGCUGGUAGAAUUGCCCAGGAGAAGUUAUUGUGUUAUGCAGGGAGAAUUGCUCAGGAGAAGAUAUAGUGUGUGCAGUUAGAAUUGUCCAGGAGACGAUAUUGUGUGUGCUGGUAGAAUUGCACAAGAGAAGAUAUAGUGUGUGCUGGGAGAAUUGCCCAGGAGACGAUAUUGUGUGUGCUGGGAGAAUUGUCCAGGAGAAGAUAUUGUGUGUGCUGGGAGAAUCAUCCACGAGAAUAUAUUGUGUGUGCUGGGAGAAUUGUCCAGGAGAAGAUAUUGUGUAUGCAAUUAGAAUUGCCCUGGAGAAGAUAUUGUGUGUGCUGGGAGAAUUGCUCAGAAGAUAUUGUGUGCGCAGGGAGAAUGGCUCAGGAGAAGAUAUUGUGUGUGCAGGGAGAGUUGCCCAGGAGAGGAUACCGUGUGUGCAUGAGAUGUGUUUUUUUUAUGGCGGUGCUUACAUAUACAGAGCAUUAUAUAAGUCGUAUUAUGCGAAGUGACUUAUUGUAUUCAUUGAAGGUUUCUGACAGUUAAUUAUUGGCAUUGUGCUCAAUAUUUGCCUCUUUUUAGAUUUCAGUGAUAACCUGCCCCUCCAUAAGACUUCGACACCAUUGGAUACGUUCCUACUUCCCUCACUUGGCAUUCUGGUGGGAAGAUACAGAAGCGGAGAUUGGUGGUAACAUUGCCUAAUUGCAGGAGAUCCUUUUGUAUUCAGUGGACAUUAAUAUGUACCUGUGACUGUCAUAAUCAAAGGGACAACAUGUAGCAUACCUGAAUGGAGACACCCAAAUGAUUGGUUCUGCUACACUUCCUCUGAUUUACACACAAUCUGUGUGAAAUAUGAUAAUUAAACUGUGAAUCUGUAAAGCGAUACUGAGAAGUAUACAGCUUUGUUUAAUACUGGGAAAAAGUUCAUGUAAAUGUACUAGAGUUUGACACCAAUUCUUCUCUUGUGUUCCUGAAAAUGUAUUCCUAAAGGCUGUGUAGUAGCUGGGGUAUCUCUACUACUUGUAUGUACGUAGCUGGGAAUGUGGUGCGACUAAGAGUAAGGAGACUACCCCAAUUCUCCCCCCAAUAAUGACAAACAACGAAUAUUGGAUGAAACAGGCCACAGCAUUUAUUAAACUUACAACUGUAGGACUCAUCCGAACUUUAUUCUUUUUCUUUAAUUCAAAUAUAAACAAACAGAUAAAUAUAUUUACAUACCAUAAUUAACAUAUAAAUUAACAUAUAAAUUACACUUAUUGCCCUACAGCCUCCAACUUAAAUAACCGUCCUUGCCAACGAACUUAACCAGGUGUCUAUGCACCAAAACUUUACCCACUGGUGUCUCGCUUCCCCCCUCGUCCAAACCAAAAAUUCCCAUCAUCUUAAAUGCUCUACCACCAGCCGGCUCUUAGCUCGGUGGGCACGUCCUAUUCGGUAACUUACCUUACAGAGCAGGGGAGGUUGAGACCCACCAUGUCCAUCUCCUGACAUUCCACCUGCUCCCCAACCCUGUUGGCAAGGACACGCUCCCCGCUAGCUGUGACGAAACAAAAACAGAACAUUAGGGUGGGUGGGAGGGAAGUUGUUUGCUGGCCAGAUUCCCAAAAGGCACUGAGGUAAGAUGAUCCCUGCCCCCCUACAAACACAUAACCACUCCCCUAAACACAUAUAGCCACACCCCUAAACACAUACAACCACUCCCCUAAACACAUACAGCCACUCCCCUAAACACAUAUAGCCACUCCCCUAAACACAUGUAGCCACUCCCCUAAAACAUACAGCCACUCCCCUAAACACAUACAGCCACUCCCCUAAACACAUAUAGCCAAUCACUAGCACCACCCCCACACUCAUACAUGUGCCCUUGUCCAUUUAGCUCCCCAGGGCCUAAACCAGAAAUCCAGACUUCCCAGAGUCGAAAAGGGCGCCAGAUGAAAAUUUACACACUAAAAUAUUAUUAGAUACUUUCAUGGAGUUGUGGUUUUCCAGCUGUAUUUAUAGAAAAAACACAACGCAUUUGAGGGUACAAAUUGUAAUGCCACAGGGGCAAGAAAUGGGGUUCAGUGAGAAGUACAGCUUCGUUCAGGUUUAAUAAUUAAGUAUAAAAAGCCAUAACUAAAAUAUGUAACACCCUAAUCUCUAUGGUGGUAUUUAAAGGGGAAAAUAUAGUAAAGACUACAGCAUGUACCAAGAGAGAGUCAAAUAAUACUCUCAAUCUAAUACUCUGCACUUUGGGUGAUUUACGCCAAACCUUACCCCAAAUUGGACUUCAGACACAUUAUGUGGUUCCUCUAUUUAUUAUUAUUAUUAUUAUUAACAUUGUUAUUGUUAUAUUGCUUGACACAGUACAAUGGAUGCAUAAACCAACUCUAAUAAAGAAAUGAUUCCAGUUAUGCAAUCUCGACAAUAUUCCACAUAGAAAUUAUAUGAAAUUAUACCGUUACUGUCACAUAAGGACAUAAUAGGGUCUAUAAUGGGGAAAUAAAACGUUUUGUAAAUUGGUUAAUGCACAUUUUCAGCAAUGUUAACAGAUAUCGUUAUAUGCCGAUGACAAAUUAGCAAAUAUUGUAUUUGCCACGUGAACAUUCUAUAGAUGUAAAUGUGUCCACCAUUCACUGUCUGCUAAGCAGUUAGGGAUUUUCCUUUUAUUAUUGAGUUAUUGCAUUUCUGCUCACUAUUUCUAUUUGUGAACUCGUCAAUGCAUUCUCCCAACAUAAAAACAGUCCCCAAUAAUGAUAAUUUAUAUCUAUAUUCGAUAUUAUCAAUGUAUGAAAAAUAUUACAUAUAUAGUCACAGAUUGUAAAAUAUAUCUUGCUUUAUAGAAAUAAAUGCAUUUCAAAGUACGAUAUUUACUUUUUCAGUUUUACACUGCAAUGCAUUACUAUCAUUAUUAUUAUUAUAGUAUUUAUAUAGCGCCAUCAGAUUCCGUAGUGCUGUACAAUGGGUAGACUAACAUGUAACUGUAACCAGACAAUUGGACGUACAGGAACAGAGAGGGGGAGGGCCCUGCUCAAUGAGCUUACAUUCUAGAGGGAGUGGGGUAUAGUGACACAAAGGGUAAGUAGGGGUGAUAAAAUAGGUUACUAGUAAAGUAUUCACUGAGGGCUCAGUAGGUCAUUUUUGACAGUUGCAGGAGAGGAGUCAUGGGGGAUAAAAACCGGCUAACAGUGUAGAUACGAAUAUCCAUUUUGCUUAAUAUCCUAGCUGUUCAUAUAAGGGUUAAUGUGAACCAAGAAUACAUUUGGAAUUGUAUCUUCGAUUCUGGGAAGAAUUUAUCUAAUAUCAGUUACGAGAAUGAGACAAAAAUAAAUACAGAGUCAAAAGCGAUAUGAAAAAGAGACACCAGGAUUACUCCGGGUGUCCAAGAAACUCAGAUCUUACCCAUAUACAGUAACUAGCUCAAAAAGAUGAACCAAUAAAAAGAAAAAAGUAAAAUAAAAAUAAACUUAACCUUUAUUCAAAUUACUACACAGAAUGAAAACGUGAAAACAAGAUGUGCAACAGUGUACGUGAUUUAAAAGAAAGGGACCUCAUGGAAAUGACUGGCAAUGCUCCAAGAAAAGGAGCUAAUAGGUCAAUCUCUUAUAACCAUAAAUAAAAGAUGUACCUAUAUCUGAAUAAGUGAUGCCUAGACCCAUAUAUAUAUUGAUUUUUAUUCCAGACACUAGGUGCAUCAGAUAUCGUUCACAGUGGAUAGUUAAUGUAUUUUUCAGAAAGAGACAAACUAUCAAUUCCUGAAUUAUUAUGAGUUAAUAGUAAACUGACCAGCUCAAAAGCUCAAAAGCUGCAGUAGCAACACUAUGUUGUAACAAACAGUGUCUAAAAAGGGAAACAUUCCCAUUACUCAAUUAAGCCACUUAAAGCUCCAGAGCUUGUCAGUUAAGAGAGUAGCAACAAGUGAGAUAUUCAUAGGGAUGCCUAUAAGGUAGGAUACGUAUACUAUUAUAAUCACAGGUGUGUUAUCAAUGUGGGUCCUUAAUGAAUGUUUAGACACACGAUUUGUAAAAAGACCAAUACCCUGCCUCCGCAGAUACACAGAGAAAGCCCAACCUAAACAGUCUCAAAGUGUCUGGGAAACAAAAAAGUCGAUGUAG